AGAGGGCACGCACACAGAGGACACUGGAAAAUGGAGAGGGGGAGCUGUGACGAAGACGCUCUAGGUUUCCAAGCUAUGCGCAGCGGCGAGAUGGAAGAACCCUAGGCGCGGCGGUGGAGCAACGGCGACGCGAGACAUUGGACGACCAUGUCGGGCGCCUUCUCUUCGCUCAAAUAUAAGAAUGUCAAGCACUGCAGUACGCAUCCCAAGUUCCUCCACAGCAACAGUACGAGCCAUCGCUGGGCUUUUGGCGCUAUUGCCGAGCUUAUUGACAAUGCCAUCGAUCCUGAUGUGAAUGCGUCGCAAUUUUGCAUUGACCUCAAGGAGUUUAACAACGAGCCUUGCCUCGUUCUCAUGGACAAUGGCUGCGGUUUGAAUCCAGAGAGACUUCAUAAAAUGCUCAGUUUUGGGCAUUCGAAAAAGCAAAUGACUCCUGGUGAUAGAUCGAUCGGGAAGCAUGGAAAUGGUUUCAAGUCGGGAACAAUGCGCUUAGGAAAGGACGUACUAGUUCUUACAAAGUGUGCUGUCAGUAUGACUACUGGCUUCCUUUCUCAGACUUUUCUGGCUGCUGUGGGAGCAGAAGACAUCCUCAUACCGCUAGUUACCUGGGAUUUGCGUGGAAAUAGAAUGAGUCCAAAGCAUGCGGACAUCGAAGAAAGCUUGCAAGCUAUAUGUACAUACUCCAUUUUUCCUGACGAAGCAAGCAUUCUUGCUCAGCUUGAUGCGAUUCCUGGAACAGGCACGAUCCUGAUCAUUUCAAAUUUACGCCGCCAUGAAGGAAUCCUUGAAAUGGACUACAAAACGGAUCCUCACGACAUAAGAAUAACAUCAGAAAUUACCAGUUCCCAUUAUCAGCAACUGCGACCCAAUCAGCCUAAUUCCACUGACGUUCCUAGUGACUACUCUCUUCGGGCCUACGUUUCAAUACUUUAUAAAGUUCCUCGUAUGCAGAUAUUUAUUCGUGACAACAAGGUGAAGACGAAGAGGGUCUCUGGACUUUUAAGUCAGAAGGUGACCGAAACUUAUAAGCCAAUGGGAGUUACUGAUCCCGUGAAAAUUGAAAUGGGUUUCAACACCGAAAACAGAAACCUGUAUGGCAUGAUGCUUUAUCACAGAAAUCGUUUAAUUAAACCUUAUAUGAGGGUUGGUAUGCAGCUUGAAGAAAAUGAAAGGGGAAUGGGUGUCCUGGGCAUAGUUGAAGCGGAUUUCUUGCACCCAACUCAUAAUAAGCAGGACUUCGACGACACAACUGCAUACCGUAGGCUGCUGAAGAAGCUUUCGGAUGUUUUGGCUGAGUACUGGUGGGAAAAGAAGGAAAGGAUCAGUUUAAGCUUACCUCAACCUGAAACUCCUACGAAGCGACCUGCGGAACCAGAAAGUGUCGAUGAGGAUGUUCCAGAUGUCGUAUGGGUGCAAUGCGAUAAUCCUAGCUGUCUCAAAUGGCGUGUGCUACCUGAGGGGACCGAUGCUGCUACUCUUCCUGAUAGCUGGUUUUGCGAAUACCAUCCUAUUGCUAAGUUUCGCAGGCACGAAGAACCAGAAGAAGAAUGGGACGCGUCUGUUCAACAUGAGAUUAUUGAAAGAAGAAAAGAACGGAAACGGGAAUACGACCGCGAGAGGAAAGAAAAAGAAGCUCAUAAGCGUCGACAACGGCUGGAAGUUAUUGUGGGGAGGGAGGAGCAAAUGGCAAUACACCGCCAGCGGGAAGCUCUCAGGAAGGAGAUGGAAGAACAAAAGGCAAAAGAUUUUGAAGCCAUUGAGCAGGAACGUAAGGCCCGGGAGGAGGAAGUCUUAAAGCUUCAAAAGGAACUCCAUGAAAUGCAAGCUAGGCGCGAUGAGAUUCAAAAGCAGCACAUCGAGCUUCUGCAUCGUUUGGAAGUUGACGGAGCGAAAAAAAGCACAGCUCCUGUCAAGAAGGAUGAGAACCAUGUGCAGUUCUCGGAGCACGAAAUGUCCCAAGUAGGAGUUUCGGGCUCCGAGGAUAUAUCAGAAGAAAGGCCUGUUGACUCCCGCAAAACCGAUGAGGCUUGCUCGGGUCAGCAAAAUGACGGACGGACUCAAUGGAAGGGGAACGAAUUGCCCAGCGAUGGCACUCAACACUUGCCCGAUCAGGUGAACAAAGACUAUCCGCAAGGGAAUCAUCAACACUAUGAGCACCGCCAGGAGACACGCCUUCUCACACCAAGUUUGGAUGGUGAACCGUAUCAGCACCGCCCAGAAACUAGUAAAGAUGACAAGCUGGUGGGAAAUGAAGACUACCAACGUCAGCAAGCUAGCUUAUUUCCCUUGCAAAAGCAGUUUGUCGUCCAUGACGACAGGCGAAACUACCAAAAUCAAGAGGAGAUCCACUUUUCAGGUGGGAGAACUGGAGAAGAAGAACGACACAACAGGCAAUAUCAAGGAGCUGACCAGCAGCUUACAGAGGAUAGAAACAAUAACGAUGAAGGCUAUGGACAUCCUCUGGAUGCUCGAUUCUCAAGCAAGCGUACCAACGAGCUGGGACAAGCUUUCCAGUGGCGGCAGCAUCCAUAUGGAAGCGACAGGCAAUACGGAGAGGACCGGCAUCCGCAAGACCACCAUAUGGGAGUUAAUCGCAUUCAGGGGUCGGAGCUUAUGGAACCUACCUCUAAUCGGUUCCAAGAUAAUCGGCAUAGCCAGCUAAAAGGAAAUGAACUUUCAAUAUCAUAUGCACCCAUACAACCGCUGCAGGAGUGUAUGCCUGGGUUUUCACCACAGUAUCCACAUGCAAAGCAGCCACCUUCAGCUCCUCAAGACCAAGUUACAGCCAAUGGACAUACUCUGGGUCCUUUGUCUUCGUUUCAACACGUCAACAUGGAAGGCGGACGCAUGUACCAGGAUGAUAGCAGAGGGUUGCUACCGAGAGGCACUCAACGGUAUCAAUCUGUACAUGGAGUUGUCGACGCCGAGAGCUUGUCCCUAUGCUCCGAUGCAAUGAUCGUUCCUCGAGCGGACACUUCAAUGUCAAGCGGAGCUUUGCAAAGACGCGAAGCUGACUCGUCGUUGAUCCUCUCACUGCAGGGACGUUUGCGGACGGCUCUCAAAACGUUACUCAAGUUAUCUGGGCCUUUGGAAACGCAAGUUGAUGCAGAUGAAAUGCUUUCCUCUGACUUGGAAGUUGUAACUAUAUGUGAAAAGGCAACGAACUAUGUUGGAAUGAGGUGGCAAGCCUAUGAGCAAGAGAUUGCAAAGUUGAAGACCGAGCUGGCUUAUACAGUACAGGCUGGACAAAAUUUUAGAAUCCGUGCCAUAGCAGGAGAACAAUGGGAUAACGGGAAUGCUACUAUCCUGAAGUGACCCUGUGCCUUCUCGUCGACGUUUUGGUAAAAUAGACAGGUAGUGUACAUGUAAAGUUCUGAUACUUUUAGACGAGACUUCGAGCGGGCCUUAGGAUUAUUGCCAUUAACUGUUGAUGACUAACUGAUUCAAAAGAAUGCCCGGGGCUCGUCAUAUUUCUCUUUGACGUAUUUUCUACAAUAAAUAUGUCGUUGUUUGCCA